UCAGCUGAUCCAUCUACUUUCGGAAGGGCCAGAGUGGAGGAAAAAAGACGAGAUUUCCGGAGUCCUUCUAUCCAAUGAGCGCACUCCACAUGCGGAGCAGACGAAAGAGCAGCAGUGAGGCUCUUUCAAUAAAACGCGAUUACCACUACUGAUCUUAGCCACUGACUGGGGAUCUACAACACGGAGUGAGGAGGCAGUCCAGAGCACAUCCAGGGCAACGUUAGGACUGUAACUGUAUGUGUGUUGAGUACUGAACUGGUGCGAUUGCUGCAGACUCUUUCAUAUCUACUCUAUGGGAAUUAAGAAGACAUCGAAGUGACUUUUCUCGAGGGUGGGAAUAACCCAGUUGUUGCAAUUCAGUAUUUAAUUCGGCAAACGUUGUUUAAGUACAGUAGAGAGGGGGAUUUUUGUGUUCUGAAUAGCCUGCUGCCUAAGUGCCGGAGAGUUUUUUCCCCCCUUUUCUUUGGCAGUUUACUUAAUACCAAUGCAUAAGCUCGUAGAUAAUUAGACACACGUUAUUGGUUUCUUGUAUACGGGACGUUGAAAUUGUUAUAGAGGCGGAGGUGGUUGAAUAAACAAAGUAAAACUGUCUUCAGAAGGCGACCAUCCACCAUGGAGAACGCUCACGAAAAGACAGUCGAGGAGGUUUAUAGCCAUUUCAGCGUUAAUGAGAGCACGGGUUUGGCCCUGGACCAGGUGAAAAGGCAAAAGGAAAAAUGGGGACCGAACGAGUUGCCCGCAGAAGAAGGGAAAUCGUUAUGGGAACUCGUUAUUGAACAGUUUGAAGAUUUACUAGUGCGAAUUCUACUUCUGGCAGCUUGUAUAUCUUUUGUACUGGCCUGGUUCGAGGAGGGAGAAGAAACUAUCACAGCCUUCGUGGAGCCUUUUGUAAUCUUACUUAUUCUUAUAGCCAACGCCAUCGUAGGAGUGUGGCAGGAACGAAAUGCUGAAAAUGCCAUCGAAGCCCUCAAAGAGUACGAGCCUGAGAUGGGGAAGGUCUACCGUCAGGACAGGAAGAGCGUCCAGAGGAUUAAAGCCAAGGAAAUCGUCCCCGGCGACAUCGUGGAAGUGGCCGUGGGAGACAAGGUGCCUGCUGACAUUCGCCUCUCUUCAAUCAAGUCCACCACCCUGCGAGUAGACCAGUCCAUCCUGACCGGAGAGUCUGUAUCUGUCAUCAAGCACACCGACCCAGUACCUGACCCCCGUGCCGUUAACCAGGACAAGAAGAACAUGCUCUUCUCCGGCACCAACAUCGCCGCCGGGAAGGCGGUGGGCGUGGUGGUGGCCACGGGCGUGAACACGGAGAUCGGCAAGAUCCGCGACGAGAUGGCGGGCACGGAGCAGGAGAAGACGCCGCUGCAGCAGAAGCUGGACGAGUUCGGCGAGCAGCUCUCCAAGGUGAUCUCGCUCAUCUGCAUCGCCGUGUGGAUCAUCAACAUCGGCCACUUCAACGACCCCGUCCACGGCGGCUCCUGGAUCCGCGGCGCCGUCUACUACUUCAAGAUCGCCGUGGCGCUGGCCGUGGCCGCCAUCCCCGAGGGCCUGCCCGCCGUCAUCACCACCUGCCUGGCGCUGGGCACGCGGCGCAUGGCCAAGAAGAACGCCAUCGUCCGCAGCCUGCCCUCCGUGGAGACGCUGGGCUGCACCUCCGUCAUCUGCUCCGACAAGACCGGCACGCUCACCACCAACCAGAUGUCCGUCUGCCGGAUGUUCAUCGUUGACAAGGUUGAAGGAGAGAGCUGCUCCCUGAACGAGUUCACCAUCUCUGGUUCCACCUACGCCCCUGAAGGAGAAGUAUUUCAUGAUGGAAAGCAAGUUAAGACCUCCCAGUACGACGCCCUGGUGGAGAUUGCCACCAUCUGUGCCCUGUGCAAUGACUCCUCUCUGGACUUCAACGAGACCAAGGGGGUGUACGAGAAAGUGGGCGAAGCCACCGAAACUGCCCUGACCUGCCUGGUGGAGAAGAUGAACGUGUUCGACACUGACGUCAAGAACUUGUCCAAGAUCGAGAGGGCAAACGCCUGCAACGCGGUGAUCAAGCAACUGAUGAAGAAGGAGUUCACCCUGGAGUUCUCUAGAGACAGGAAGUCCAUGUCUGUGUACUGCACCCCCAACAAGGCCCGCACCUCCAUGGGAAAGAUGUUCGUCAAGGGUGCCCCCGAAGGCGUGAUUGACAGGUGCACACACAUCCGAGUGGGCAGCACCAAGGUGCCCAUGAACGCUGGCAUCAAGGAGAAGAUCAUGUCGGUGAUCCGGGAGUACGGCACGGGCCGCGACACUCUGCGCUGCCUGGCCCUGGCCACGCGCGACAACCCCCUCAAGAAGGAGGACCUGGUCCUGGUGGACAGUGCCCGCUUCAUCGAGUACGAGACGGACCUGACAUUCGUGGGCUGCGUGGGGAUGCUGGACCCCCCCAGGACCGAGGUGGCGGCCUCCAUCAAGCUGUGCCGCCUGGCGGGCAUCCGCGUCAUCAUGAUCACCGGGGACAACAAGGGCACCGCCGUGGCCAUCUGCCGCCGCAUCGGCAUCUUCUCCGAGGACGACGACGUCGACGACAUGGCCUUCACCGGCCGCGAGUUCGACGACCUCACGCCCCACAACCAGCGCGAGGCGGUCAUGAAGGCCCGCUGCUUCGCCCGGGUGGAGCCCUCCCACAAGUCCAAGAUCGUGGAGUUCCUGCAGUCCUUCGAUGAGAUCACCGCCAUGACCGGGGACGGAGUGAACGACGCGCCCGCCCUGAAGAAGGCGGAGAUCGGCAUCGCCAUGGGCUCCGGCACCGCCGUGGCAAAGACGGCCUCCGAGAUGGUCCUCGCCGACGACAACUUCUCCUCCAUCGUGGCGGCCGUGGAGGAGGGCAGGGCCAUCUACAACAACAUGAAGCAGUUCAUCCGCUACCUCAUCUCCUCCAAUGUGGGGGAGGUCGUGUGCAUCUUCCUGACGGCGGCCCUGGGUUUCCCCGAGGCGCUGAUCCCCGUCCAGCUGCUGUGGGUCAACCUGGUGACGGACGGGCUGCCGGCCACCGCCCUGGGCUUCAACCCCCCCGACCUGGACAUCAUGAACAAGCCCCCCCGCAACGCACGCGAGCCCCUCAUCUCCGGCUGGCUCUUCUUCAGAUACCUGGCCAUCGGCUGCUAUGUGGGAGCUGCAACUGUGGGAGCUGCUGCCUGGUGGUUCAUCGCUGCCGACGACGGACCCAGAGUCACCCUGUACCAGCUGAGCCACUUCCUGCAGUGUUCCCCUGAUAAUCCCGAUUUUGGAGACCUGGAGUGCCAUGUGUUUGAGUCGCCCUACCCCAUGACCAUGGCCCUGUCUGUACUGGUCACCAUUGAGAUGUGCAACGCCCUCAACAGCCUCUCGGAGAACCAGUCCCUGGUCCGCAUGCCCCCCUGGGAGAACAUCUGGCUGCUGGGAGCCAUCUGCCUGUCCAUGUCCCUGCACUUCCUCAUCCUGUACGUGGAGCCGCUGCCGAUCAUCUUCCAGAUCACCCCCCUGGACGUGACGCAGUGGCUGAUGGUGCUGAAGAUCUCGCUGCCCGUCAUCCUCCUGGACGAGCUGCUCAAGUUCACCGCCCGCAACUACCUGGAGCCCGGUAAAGAGCUGGAGAAGUCCAGCGCCUCCGCCGCCCCCGGGGCCUGCUCCCUCUCCGCAUGCACGGAGGGCAUCUCCUGGCCCUUCGUGGCCGUCUCCUUCCCCCUGGUGCUGUGGCUGUACAGCACUGACACUAACGUGGCCGAGAUGUUCUGGUCCUGACUGACAUGAGCACGGUGUGUCACGCCCCUUAUCCCCUCCCUCACCCCGCCCCCCCCCUCCCCUCCCGCCGCGUGUGGCCCCGCCCACCAGUGGAGAUUAACACGCAUCCCUAAUAAAGCAAGAGUCACAGAGGAAAAACGAAGCCACACAAGCUAAGUCACCGUUUUUUGUACUUGUAUUUUCAGCUGUCAUUCCGGGGAACGGGUUGGGUGGGGUGGGGUGGGGGAUGGAUUUUCCUGAAAUCGUUUGAUUAUCAUUAUUAUCAUUGAUUAUCAUUAUCAUUUUUUUUUGGUCAUUCUUUUUUUUUGUUUUUUUGUUUUUUAAAAAUAUGUAUAUUUUUAAUGGAUUGAGAAUGUAAUUCGUCCUGAUGUCUGAUAUCUCAUUUCAAACCGAGUCCGUUAAUUCCCCCACCCACCACAUAUUACACCCCCCCCCCCUUUAAAUAUAUAACGAGAUAUUUAAGAACUGUCUGAUGUACAGAGAUUUAACACUAUUUUAUGCAACUGUUUUUGUAGUUUUUGGAAAUGCGUAUAGGGGUGGAGGGGGCGGGGCUUGAGGGGGUAAAGGCAUGUACAGGACUCUGUUUACUAAUGUUUUACCAUUGUGUCUUCAGUAUGAGCUGUGGCGGAUGAGCAUCAUGUGACAGGAAACACAGGCAGGGUUAAUUGAGUGAAUGAGUAUUUAUGUUGACUAAAAAAACCUAGAAGGAAAUGGCAUGUUCAGCAUGUUGCAUGUAGGUUUUCUUUUAAAAUUAUUUUCAUUCCUUCACCUCUUCCCCGUCCCCCGUCCCCUCCCUUGUCAUCUAAUGUUUUGCAUUCAUUUUUUUUAUUCCUAUUUUGUAUUCAAACAUAUUUUUUUCUGCACUAGGCAGAGCACAGCUACCUCAAAAUUAAUGUCCCUUCUCCCACGGUUGUCACCCCCCCCCCCCCCUUUGCCCUAAAACUGUCCCACUAGUCUUUACAGUGCAGUUUUGUCGGUCAACUCUCGAGGUGUGCCCGCGUUAGCUUGUGCAGAAAAAAAAUCAAUAAAAUGGCCUGCCUUGUCCCCUGGUUCAUUGUGCUUUCUCCAUAUUUUAAUGAUGUUUUUAGUCGUUCUUAGUCGAUUUGCAUUAUUUUUUCAUUUUUAGGGGAGGGAGGGGUUUGUAAAAGAUGUAAAUGUUUCCAUCGCUCAGUUCAGUUGAGUGGAAAUCUAUAUCCAGCAAAACUGUCGUUGAAAUGUUGACUUGAAUACAACGGAACCAGAUCUUUUCAGAUUUUUUUUUCCCCGUUUACCCUAAGAGAAAUACAUUCACUGAAUGAUAAAGCUUUUGUCUUAAUUUAGAAGCACUGUUGCGUCUUAUAUUAUUUCCAUACAGUUGAUUAUUAUGUGCACAUACUGUACUUGAAUAUGUAUAAAUAUACCAAGUGGCUGAUUACAUAAUCCGUUGAGCACAAGUAAUACUGUGGUCUGGCCCCACUGUGGUCUGAUGCCCUAUAAAGGAAUUUUGCACAAAUCGAGGGGAAACUUCCUUGGCCGUAUUGUUGGCCCCAGCUCUGACCGCGAAAGGGCUUGCUAGUAGGAAGUCUGUAAAUCUGUACAUAGCACAUCAUUCGAAUAGUACUUCAGUGUAUGAGUUUUAAAGUUAGUCCAUAGUACCAUCACGCUGUUCCGACUUUACACCGAUGUGAUUUAAGACUAACUAGCUUACCUCUGGAGAGCAUGCUUCCGGCAGUAUCGGGCCCGCAGGGCUUGUGUUCUCAUUCGAAAUAGUGUUUGUAUUUUAACAAGCCUAACUGUGCCAUUUUCCCUCCAAUGCCUUCCAACCGCUUCCCUUCCAGAGUGAGUAUCCUCAGCCUGCAUGUCCUAACUCACUGGCAUGUCCCUUUUUCACACCCCUCACAUGACCAUCCCUACAUCUGGUCCCCUCUUACACUGUAGCCAACCGUUGAGAGACUGUCUCCGUGGUGACAAGAGGGGGGAUGUCAUAAACACCAAUAUUACACCGCAUUCAGUUGCUUGCCGAUUUGAACCUUUCAAUAUAUUUGGUUUAGAUUAGAGACGUCAAACCCAAGUCCUGGAGGGCCGCAGAGUGGCUUUCCUUUACUUCCCUUCUGCAGCCAGUUCCGUACUUGAGAACAGGGUGUGUGGACUCUUUAACCACACGACUUAAAUCACUGGUGCUGAAACACUGAAAAACAGGAGUCCUUGGAGCCUUAUGAGACUGGACUGUAAUGUCUGUGGUCCGGAGCCUUUGUGGCCAGUUGAAACUGAGCAGUUAAUCGGCAGCAAAAGCACCCACAAAGCUUCACUCUGCCAUCGCUAGUCUUGACUGUUUGUGCGAGCUGUGUUCUGUGCUUCAUCUUCUUGGGCAUUCACAGAGUUUAAAUGGUUUUCGGUGGGAGGGAAAAGGGAUUUUUUUUUGGUACACAGCUAUGAAAUGGGAUAUUAUGGUUCCCGCUUCGGGCACUUUAGUGUGUUCGUGUUUUUUUUCUUCUCGGUACACCACUGUUUUGCCAUGCAGACCCCUCGUCCAGGGUGACUGACAAAGGCUUGCAUUCCAAAAAUCCUCCACUUUGCUUUCUUUUGAGUUCUGGCCUCAUUGUAUUUCACUGUGUAUAUUUAAUGUUUGAAUCAGGAGAAUAGAUAAAUGUUAUUACUUCAUUUUAAGCAUUCGAGCCAGCCUACUCAGCCUCAGGAUUACACACAGGGAACAAGACGGGGGUAGGCUGGCUGGGAUAUCCACUGUGAGAAAGAGCAGACCUGUUGACUGGGACUCUGAUAGAUCCACAUCUAAAUAUAAAGAUGUUCCCGGCAGCAUUCCGUGAUUGAUGGCGGUCGUCUAUCCUUGGACGCUCAGCGCCGAGUGUCUCCCCUAAAUCACGCCUUUAAAAAGAUCGAAAGGGGGGAGGCGUCAGCUGUUGGGAUAAACUCGGGAGAAACGGGCGGCAGUCACCCAGUUUUAAGAUUCUCCGGGUGCCGCGGAGUGUUUUCGAAGGAGACAAUGCACUUGAUUUUGGAGAUAGUAAAUCUGAAUGUGCAGGGGGGGCAUUCUGAGAACUGCCAACUCUGGCCUUCACUUAGAACCAGACACCUCUCACCUGCUCACUCUGGCCUUCAUCUAGUACCAGACACCUCUCACCUGCUCACUCUGGCCUUCAUCUAGUACCAGACACCUCUCACCUGCUCACUGUGGCCUUCAUCUAGUACCAGACACCUCUCACCUGCUCACUCUGGCCUUCAUCUAGUACCAGCCACCUCACCUGCUCACUGUGGUCUUCAUCUAGCACCAGACACCUCCUACCUGCUCAGUCUGGCCUUCAUCUAGUACCAGGCUUCUCAUAUGCUCAUAAUGUGCUUUACUUGGCCUUGCCUGCUAGCCAGUAGCAUGUCCACAGAACAAACUGGGUUUGCGGAACGUGUUCACUUUGUGAUGGACGUGAGGGAAGGGAUUGCCUUUUCUGGCUUUAGGCGAUGGUUCAAGGUAGCUCUAUCCCCAGAAGAGUCCACGACUUAAUUAACUACCUGAUUAAUCCUGUCUAACCAGCCUGUUUACUUCAAUAUCUAAAUGUGUAGCAUGACUAACUGUACGUAUCAAUUCUAUAGGAUGUUACAUUUGGGAAAAAAAAGGAAUAAAAUCCAAGUCACUGAAUACUCUGGCAUAUUUACAUUUUUUUUUACUGUGGUGUUUUUGUGGUUUGAAUAACUAGAAAACAGGUCUACAUUGCUCAACGGGAAGUUUAAAUUAAAAAAUGUGUACAAAAGAUGUUAUUAGUCUUGUGGAUUCUGUUUUUCUGAUUUUCACAAAAUGGCAUGUAUGUUUUGGAGAUGCUGAAUUAUACAAGAAUUGAAUUAAUCCACGUCUACUGAUUGGUGCAUGUGGGCUUCACACAUCAAACCAUUUGACCAGAGAAAGGCUUGUACUGCAGUCAGGUAUGAAAACGGACCCUUUUUUGGUCAGGCUGCAAAAACACAGCCCAUGCCUCAUGACUAACAUCAGCCCUGUCCAGAGUUGAAUUUCUUUUUCACCUAUCAAUUUCAAAAGUCUGUGCUCUUGAGCUUAAGACUGGCAUUCUUCUCCUCUGAUUCAUCCUUCUCUCUCUCUUUUUUUCCCCUUCCUUGCAGCUAGGGCAGAGUAAGCCUGCCGCCUCCUCUAAAGUCCUUUGCAGGAACUGUGAAGUUUUGCUUUAGUGUUGUGCAUGUGUGUUUUGAGCAACACCACAUUCUCCAAGACCUGCAUGAAAAAUGUGCAAAAAUAAAAAAUGCGUAUAUAUAUAUAUAAUUACAAAGAUAUACUUAAAAAGUGACAGAAAAUGGUGUAUUUUUUAAAUGGAUGAUGAACAGUGUUUUAGGACUUUGAGAAAUCGAACAAGGCCAGUCGUCUGUGCACGGGACCACUCUGCCCGUGUGCAUCUUCAACGCAUGGAGACAGACCGUCGCUUAGCCUUCAACCUUACAUGAGGAUACGAGUUUUCAUGCCACCUUUUUAAAACUCUGUAAAAUGUCAGUUUUAUAUAAAUGUACAAUAUACAGUGAUGCAUGUCCAAACUGAAGGUAGCCGAAAUUAUCGUAAAUUUAUAUUAUAGCUAUGUAUAAUGCCAUUUAAUAUGUAAUUAAAUGCUAUGAAAAUAUCUACAUAGAGAAAGCGGUACUAAUGUCAAAUGAAGCUCAAAACCACCAAUUCAUCUUUUCCUAAGGAAAUCUUUUGUUGGGGGGGCGUGCAAAAUAAGCAAACAUACUUUGUUUUUGUUUUUUUGCAAAUCUAAGUUAUUUAAAUAACAUUCUGCAGUAUCUGGGCGGGUGAUGGUGCAGCAAUACUGUGAUGCAUAUACUUUGAAAGAAGCAGUCAGUCCCUUUAAACAGCAUGUUUCAACUCCGAACAACUGUAAAUAAGAGCUACUGUUUGUUUCAGCGCUGAUUGUAAUGUGCAUCACACGGGCUUGUGGUUUCAGGUAAAUAAAGAUUAUACAUGA